GGACCCAAAGCAUAUUCUUUUUCCUACCUAACUUAUCCUAUUGGUCAAAACUGUUGUGUUUCCAAAAUUCUCAUUUCCCACAAAGUUCAACUCUGGAAGUUGCGGGAAGUUCCGUUCUGAAACAGAAAAGAAAAAUACAGUUGUAGACAUUACUUCGUGUUUUGGAAAAGCCAACCUAUCUGUUUUAUAAGCUGCCUGCAUUGGUUCCGUGCUGAAAUUGUUGGCUAAAAACUUAAAGUUGAUGACUGAAUGGAUAGAAAACAGCAUAUAGCAAUUUUUACCACAGCAAGUCUGCCAUGGAUGACCGGAACUGCAGUUAACCCUUUGUUUCGCGCUGCUUAUCUUGCCAAAGAUGGAGAGAGAAAGGUCACAUUGGUGAUCCCUUGGUUAUCCUUAAAAGAUCAAAAACUAGUAUACCCAAACCACACCACCUUUGGUUCACCCUCAGAGCAAGAAUCGUUUAUUCGUCAAUGGCUAGAGGAGAGGACUGCAUUUAUAUCUGGUUUCGCUAUACGGUUUUAUCCUGGAAAGUUUGCUGUAGAUAAAAGAAGCAUUCUUCCUGUAGGGGACAUCUCAGUAAUUAUCCCUGAUGAAGAGGCAGAUAUUGCUGUCCUUGAGGAACCUGAGCACCUUACAUGGUUUCAUCAUGGGAAGAGAUGGAAAACUAAAUUCCGCCUUGUCAUAGGAAUAAUACAUACCAAUUAUUUGGAGUAUGUGAAGAGAGAAAAAAAUGGACAAUUCCAAGCAUUUCUUCUGAAAUAUGUAAAUAGUUGGGUUGUAAGCAUCUAUUGCCAUAAGGUAAUUAGGUUGUCCGCUGCCACCCAGUAUUACCCCAGAUCCAUCAUCUGCAAUGUUCAUGGAGUUAAUCCCAAGUUCCUUGAGAUAGGCAAGGAAAGGUUUGAGCAACAACAUAGCAGUAACCACCAGGCCUUCACCAAAGGUGCUUACUACAUUGGGAAGAUGAUUUGGAACAAAGGCUAUGGGGAGCUACUUCAACUACUUAAUAAUCACCAAAAGGAGCUCGCUGGUCUUGAGAUUGAUCUAUACGGAAAUGGAGAGGACUCCGACCAGGUUAAAAAAGCUGCUAACAAGCUGAAACUGACAGUUAGAGUUCAUCCGGGUCGUGAUCAUGCUGAUCCUUUAUUCCAUGAUUAUAAAGUGUUCUUGAAUCCUAGCACCACAGAUGUUGUUUGCACAACCACAGCCGAAGCAUUGGCUAUGGGAAAGAUUAUUGUUUGUGCCAAUCACCCCUCUAACGACUUCUUCAAGCAGUUUCCCAACUGUCGAAUAUAUGACGAUGACAAUGGUUUUGUUGAAGCGACAUGCAAGGCACUCAGUGAGGAGCCUGUACCAUUAACUGAUGCACAGAGAUAUGAGCUGUCUUGGGAGGCAGCCACAGAGCGGUUUUUAAAGGUUUCCGAGCUGAACCAGGUCUUUGCAACAGAAAGGGAGAAAAAUUCGUCAAAGGAAUUUGCAUCAGUCUCCUUGAACUUGUGGAAAAGCAUGGAGGACACUUCAGCAUAUUUUCACUAUCUGGCAUUAGGAUUUGAAACAACUAGAAGAGCAUUUGGUGCGAUUCCAGGAAGCUUGCAGCCGGAUGAAGAGCAACGUAAAGAGCUUGGUUUGGCAACCUCAUCCAAACAUUCUUUGUAAAUCAUUUCAGAACAUAUUUGAAAUGCUAGAAAAUUUCAACCCUUGCAUUUUCAUUUUCAAACACAUGAUAGUACUCUGGCUAAAGUUUUAAUACAAAAGUUGGUUCACCAA